AUGGACCGAUCCAUCCCUUCACGCGUCGUCUGUCUGCUAGAAAGUGCUAGCGAUAGCCGCCGCACCAAGCCCGGUACCGACGACUCUGGUCGAUCCGACAGUCCUAGCGAACUCAGGUACGGAGAACUACCCUCUACUGGUGGUGGUACCUAUGUCCUCGGUGCUUCACGAGAGCCCGCUAGGAUGCCGACGCCUGCGCCGCGGGAGGCCUACGAAUACGACGCUGUAGGCGAGGUACUACUUUUCGCAGCACCACACUUACUCCUCUAA